AUGGUGGACAAAAUAAAGACCAUUCAUAUCGCACCAAAUUGGUCGACAAUGGUGACAGCUUGCACGCAAGAUGAAAAAUGUAAUCAGGCGACGAUGAAGCAGAUGAGAGAGGACCUCCUGACCUUCUGCCGACGACAUCUGCCGAUGAGUUCAUACAUCGACGAACAUGAAGUCACAAGUAAUGGCACAAUAGAGGAAGCUCUGGAGCGUACAGCGGCAGUUGAUUAUAAGCAGCAUGUAACGCGCGUUCUACUGCUUCUGAACUACGAAGUACCGAAGUGGAGAAAACUUCAUCCUAGCCGUGAGGUUUUUGCUUUGGCUAGCAGUUCAGGCAAGAUCGAAGUUGAUGGCUGGAAGAAGCGCUUGAAUAGCAAUGUCAUUGUUGAUUCCAUAUCUACUCAAGACGACAAGGCCUCCAUCGUACAGUGUCAAUACCCAAAUGAGGAGAAAGCAGCAGUUGAGGAUAUGACAGAGGCAGAUCCGUCUACAACCACGACGACACUUGGGAAACGUGCACGAGAUGAGCUCGUGAUCGACUUGACUCAUACUCCAGUGAAGAAGAGACUUGAGGAGCACACAGACUACAGUUGUUUGAGUUCAAUGCAAGAUCGCCAUGCUGAGCUGCAGCCUGUGCAUGGAGAGCCGAAUUGGCAGCUCGUCAUGGUGUACUUUUGUGCAGGAGGUCGACCGGAGUUGAGAGCAUUCUGUGUACCACUGCGCUCACUAAACCACAGCAGGGAUCCAAUGCAUCCUCAACUUGAACAAAUCGACGAAGCGCUAAACCUAAGAGACGAUGGCUACAAGCAUUACGUACCACUGAAGAAUCGAUACGCGAAGAUCAGAGGAAGUAAUCAACCACGUACGCUGAUUUCAUCGGAAUUUGACAUCGCCAAGUUGAUCCUUGACUGGGAGCGCUCAAUAAGGCAUCAACAUCCUGAUGAUAUUCACAUCGAGCUAUGGCACAGUGAUAAAGAGCUCUUGUAA